AUGACGCAAGCACAGGAAAGUCUUGCACGCUUCCAAGCUCGCCGCGAAGAGGCACUCUCCAAGGUGGACGUUGAUCUAUCCCGAAUCCCAGAGAAGUUGUCCGGGAAUGUGACAGACAUACCAAGACAGUGUCUCUCGCAGGAAGAUAUUGGCAUUACUGAAUCAUCCGCUCAGUCACUGCUCGCUUCUCUUGCACAGGGAACCCUCACUGCAACCGCAGUUACCAAGGCUUUUCUCCGCCGAGCGGUCAUUGCACAGAAACUGGUCAACUGCGUUCAUGAACUUCUGCCAGAGCGAGCACUUGCACGGGCGAAGGAACUGGAUGAAUAUUUCGCAAAGCACAAGAAGCCAAUUGGUCCCCUCCAUGGCCUUCCUGUCAGUGUGAAGGCUCAUAUGGGCGUCAAGGGAUGCGACACCAGCUCUGGCUUUGUUGCCUGGGCAGGACGCCCAUCUCCCGAUGAUGCCGAGCUUCUCAAGAUUCUGAUUGCAGCUGGAGCAGUCGAAUACGUGAGAACAACAGAACCACAAGCGCUGUUGAUGUUGGAGACAAAAAGCAAUGUCACCGGCGAGACAGUGAAUCCCCACAACAUUGCUCUGACCCCUGGCGGUUCGUCUGGUGGUGAAUCUGCUCUGCAGGCACUUUACGGCAGCCCACUCGGCAUUGGCACGGACAUGGGAGGCAGUAUCCGCUCGCCAGCAUCAAACUGCGGCCUAUACGGGUUCAAACCCACCACGCACCGAAUCCCUCUCACCGGAUGGACUGCCUACAACAUCGGCGUGGAGACAAUCUGGGGAACAGCCGGCCCACUAUGCCCAACAUUUGAAGGCAUCGACCUCAUGAUGAAAGUUAUCCUUGACGCUGAGCCUUGGCGCAAAGACCCAAGCCUGCAUCAGAUGCACUGGCGAGAACAUGCCCAGUGUAUUAACCCGAAAGGAGAAAAGAAGUUCAGGGUCGGCGUUAUGUGGGACGACGGUAUUGUAAAGCCUCUCCCACCGGUAACUAGAGCCCUGCAUGAAGUUGUGGCGAAGCUCAAGUUAGUUCCCGGUGUCGAGGUUGUUGAAUGGAAACCAUUCCACCACGAUGAGGCAAUGGAGAUCCUCGCAGGCCUCUAUUCUCCUGACGGUGGAAAAUCAUACGAAGCCCUUCUCCAGGAGGGUGGAGAAUCUGCUCUCCAGCUUGCAAACUGGGUUGCGAAAGAGAGUCCUGCCGUCAAAGCCCACGAUCUCCCUGCUCUAUGGAACCUAUUGAAGAGACGUGAGGCAUACCGCUUCAAUUACUUGACCGAAUGGAACAAGCUCGAACCUGACAUGGACGUGAUUCUAUGCCCCGCCCACCCCAAUGUUGCGCCUGUUCUCUCCACAUCUCGGUACUGGGGUUAUACAUCGAUCUGGAAUAUUCUCGAUUACCCAGCCAUUGUAUUCCCAGUUACAAGGAUCAAUGCACAACUGGACACCAAGGAGACAGGAUAUACGCCUAGAAAUGAUGACGACGCUCUGUAUCAAGAUAACUAUGACCCUGUGAUUCAAGCCUCGGCUCCUGUAUGUCUUCAACUAGUUGGUAAGAAGAUGCAGGACGAGAUGGUUGUGCAGGCAAUGAAGGAAAUCAAGGAUGCUAUCGGUCUGCCCUUCGUCAACUGCCUGAAUGGAUGA